AUGCCCUAUUUAAAUAUUAGCGAAGAAUAUAAUGAAGAAUAUAAACUUGUAUUAGUUGUUAGAACAGACCUAAAAAUGGGUAAAGGAAAAGUGGCAUCACAAUGCUCGCAUGCAGCUAUUUCAUGUUACAAAAAACUUAUGUGCCAAAAUCCUAAGAUAAUCAAGUAUUGGGAAUUAUACGGACAACCAAAAAUCGUAUUGCAAGUAGAAACAAAAGCCGAAUUAGAAAAGUUACAUGCCCAUGCAAACUCAUUAGGUAUAAUCUCAUGUAUUAUUCAUGAUGCAGGUAGAACCCAAGUUGAACCGAAUUCAGUAACAGUAAUUGGUAUUGGUCCUGGACCAAAAUCAAUCAUUGACCAAAUUACGGGAUAUUUAAAAUUAUAUUAA